AAAUCUGAUUUUAUUCUUUUUAAUCGAAGCUGACUUACAAUGUUGAAGUACACAAUGAUUUUGCUGGUUUUAGUUUUUUUCGUGGAUAGUAAGGUAGCUCCGGACCGAUUCCUUCUUCCAGGAACUACAGAACCAAUCCUUAACUGCGGAAAGCAACUAGGCCUUAAAUUUGAAGAUCUCCUUGACAACUUGGAGCAAAAUGCUGGGGGACUUCCAUAUAAAGAAUUUGAUCUAUGUUGUUGGAGAUCAUUAGGUAUGAUAACAGCUGAUAAUCAAGUCAAUCAAGAAGUAGCUCCGAAAAUAAUAGCACUAUUCUUCCCUGAAAACCCUGAACAACUUGAGAAGGACUGCUUUAAGAGUAUUCGUGAUCCUUUGAAUGAUAUUUGGGAUAUGAGUGUUUGUAUUAUUCGAAUUGUAGCCCAGUGGUAGUACUCGUAUUUAUGUUUUUUAUAAACUAUAAGUAUUUA